AUGUGGACGACACACCAUCGAACCGGCCGUGAUGCCGGUGGCCGUUGCUUUCAGCUGCUCCUAGCCGCCGCCAUCGUACUGAUGCUCAACGUCCUGACAGUGCACAGUUUAAUACACUCGCCGCCGCGCAUCAUCAAGCAGCCGCCACCGGACGAGAUGCUGUUCCAGGUGGCACAGCAGGGCGAAAGUGACAAACCUUUCCUGAUCGAGUGCGAAGCGGAAGGUGAACCAACACCGAAAUAUCGCUGGAUCAAGAACGGCAAAAAGUUCGAAUGGCAAACGUACGACGACCGGAUGUCGCAACAGCCGGGGCGUGGUACACUGGUAAUUACGUCACCGCGCGAUGAGGAUCUUGGACAGUAUCAAUGUUUCGCCGAAAACGAACACGGUACCGCGACGUCCAACUCGGUGUUUGUGCGGAAGGCGGAGCUGAAUUCGUUCAAGGACGGUGCACCGCAAACGGUACAGGCGGACGAGGGCAAACCGUUCAAGCUCGUCUGUCAACCACCGGACGGUUGGCCAAAGCCAAACGUGUACUGGAUGAUCCAGAACAUGGACGGCGGUAUACGGAGCAUUAACAAUUCGCGCAUGACACUCGACCCGGAAGGCAACCUGUGGUUCUCGAACGUAACGCGCGAGGAUGAGUCGAGCGAUUUCUUCUACGCCUGUGCCGCAUCGUCCGUGUUUCGUAGCGAGUACAAGAUCGGCAACCGGGUGCUGCUGCAGGUGCGCCAGACCGGCAUCUCGGCGACGCAGAACCGUCACCAACCGUUGCGCCAGUACGUGUCGCGCAAGAACGAGGUCGCACUGAAGGGCAAACAGAUCGAGCUGUUCUGUAUCUACGGCGGUACGCCGCUUCCGGAAACGGUAUGGACCAAGAACGGGCGGGCUAUCAUCUGGAACGAUAAGAUCCAGCAGGACAACUACGGCAAAUCGCUCAAGAUACGACGCGUCUCGUCGGAGGAUGCGGGUGCGUACACGUGCGAGGUAUCCAACGGUGUCGGCAAUGCAGACUCGUACUCGAUUAACCUCGCAGUGAAUGCGGUACCGUACUUUACGGUCGAGCCGGAAAUUGUGAACGCGGCAGAAGGUGAAUUUGCCGAGUUCAAGUGCGAGGCGGCCGGUAACCCGAAACCCAACAUUAUGUGGAUCCACAACGGCAAGCAGAUCGAUCAGAACUACGCGAACGAACGCCGUAUCAUCCGAGCGAACAGCAUCUACAUCAGCAAGCUGAAGAAGAGUGAUACCGGUAACUACGGUUGUAACGCCACCAACUCGCUCGGCUACGUGUACAAAGAUGUUUAUCUGAACGUUUUGGCACUCGCGCCGGAGAUUACGGAUCCGCCGAAGCGCGAAUAUACCGUCGACCAGCGUAACGUGACGAUGACGUGCCGUGUUUUCGGUGCGCCGAAGCCGGAGGUCAAGUGGUUGAGGAACGAUCGUGAACUGACUGGCGGACGGUACCAAACCAUGCCGACCGGCGAUCUGUUCAUUCGGGAUGUGAAGUUUGACGAUGCGGGUGAGUACAAGUGCUACGCGUUCAACACACUCGGCAGCAAGACGGCAUCCGGUGAGCUGAACGUAAAGGAGCGGACCGUGAUCAAUGAUCCGCCGCAGGACUACGAAGUAGUGGCGGGCACGACCGUCACGUUCCGCUGUAACGCCAUCGCCGACUCAUCGCUCGAGCUGACGAUCGAGUGGCUCACGAAAGGGGAGAUAAUUGACUUUGAAAAUCAGCCCCGGUUUAUCCGGACGUCCGACAACUCGUUGAUGAUUUCGAAAACGAUCGAGCUGGACACGGGUACCUACAGCUGUCUGGCACGUACCGAUCUGGAUGAGGUCAUGGCAAACGCAACGCUCACGGUAAUGGACAGACCGAAUCCGCCGACACUGAAGCGUGUCACCUGCAUGGGCAAGGUGGCCAGAAUCGAAUGGGCCUCGAACGGUGACAAUCGCUCGCCCAUCCUUAACUACAUCAUCGAAUACAACACGUCCUUCACGCCGGACACGUACGAUGUACUGACGGACGAUGUGCCCGGUACGGACUUCAUCUGGACGGUCAACACGACACCGUGGAACAACUACACCUACCGUGUGAUUGCGGUCAACAAAAUCGGCCAUUCGCUACCUUCGGGGCACAGUGAGGUUUGCAGCACGGACACGAGCGUCCCGUACAAAAACCCGGACAACCUCGAAGGUGAAGGUACCACACCGAACAAUCUCGUCAUCAAGUGGCGCCCGCUAGCACAGGUGGAUCACAACGCGCCAGGGUUACAAUAUCGGGUGUAUUGGAAACGGGACAUACCGAGCGCUACCUGGAGUUCGGCGGAUGUGCGUGAUUGGCGGCAGUCCAGCUACACGGUCGAGGGACUGCCAACAUUCACACGCUACCGUGUCAUGGUGAUCGCGCUGAACGAGCGAGGCGAGGCUAAUUCUGGCCCGUGGGAGGUGGAGGCGUACACGGGCGAAGAUACGCCGCUGGAUGCACCGACCAACUUCACGCUGAUACAGGUGACCGGGCCCAAAACGGCCAUCCUCAGCUGGAAUCCUGUAGAUCCUGAAUCCCUGCGGGGUCACUUCAAGGGCUACAAGAUCCAAACCUGGACCGAAGCGGAUGGUGAGGAAAAUUUGCGCGAAAUUCUGGUCACCGCCGAUUCGAAGCAGGCACUGGUGACGAACUUCAUCCCGGAUGCGACCAACUUUGUGCGCGUUCUCGCGUACAACGGACGGUAUAAUGGACCAGCGAGCACGGUACUGUCGUUCGAUACGCCCGAAGGUGUCCCGAACACGAUCGAAGCGCUCGAGGCGUACCCACUCGGUUCGUCCGCUUUUCUGUUGCGUUGGAGAAAGCCGCUCCAAGCGAAUGGUAAGCUUACCGGAUAUCGGAUCUAUUACGAGGAGAUCAAGGGUACGACAGUUGGUCCGCGCAUGGAACGGGAACCGCACAUCUCCGAUCCGGCAGUGCUGGAAGCGAAACUGGCACGUCUGAAGCCGGCUGCCAAGUACCGCAUACACGUGGUCGCUACAACCAAGGCUGGUGAAGGUGACGACUUGUACAUCGAACGGGCAACCUCCUCUGGACUGGGAAUGCCACCGGAUGUGCCCAACUUCUACUGGGAAAAUCUUCCCACGGACAAUGGACUGGCCAACAUUAAGGUGGUGUGGCAACCGGCCCUCGGUGGUAAGGCCGGUUCACACUUCUAUGUGAAAUAUCGCGUAAAGGACGAAUCGAGCUGGCAAACGACCGAUCCGGAGCUGUACGAAAAUUACCUCGUCGUGCACGGUAUCAAUCCGGAUCAUUUGUACGAGUUCCGGGUCGUUUCUGUCGAUGGCGAAUAUCAGACGGAGUCGGGCACGCAGGAAGUUGACACUUACGGCAUCCAGAGCUCCGUGAAGGUGCCGGGCGAUAAUAUUGCGACGGCCGGUUGGUUUAUCGGUAUGAUGCUUGCGAUUGCGUUCCUUAUACUGGUGCUGAUCAUCAUCUGCAUCGUGAAGCGUAACCGUGGUGGAAAGUACGAUGUGCAUGAUCGUGAGCUGGCUAACGGCCGCAACGACUACACCGAGGAGGGUGGCUUCCCGGAGUACUCGCAACCUGUUUUACGUGAUUACAGUUUGGACAAUAAAAGCCAGGGCCGACAAUCGCUGAACUCGCAAAAAGUAGGACCGGAAAGUGAUACAGAUUCCAUGGCGGAAUACGGUGAAGGUGAUACAGGUGGUCAGUUUACGGAAGAUGGCUCCUUUAUUGGGCAGUACGUACCGGGCAAGCCGCCAGUUAGCGCCCAGUCCACGCCGCAGAAUCCGUCGCUACAGGGCGCUAACGCUGGUAUGGCAACGUACGUCUAA